AUGAGCGCGGACGCGACGUCAGCUUCAACUCGGUCAAAUGACCCAAAAACUCCAAAUGAAGAGGAUCAAAAUGGAACUUACGAAUGCAAUAUCUGCCUGGAGACAGCCAACGAUCCAGUCGUCAGCAUGUGUGGCCAUUUAUUCUGUUGGCCUUGCUUGCACCAGUGGUUAGAAACAAGGCCAAACAGGCAGACAUGUCCAGUUUGUAAAGCAGGCAUCAGCAAAGACAAAGUAAUACCCAUAUAUGGGCGUGGCAAUCCAAACCCUCAGGAUCCCAGAGAAAAAUUACCGCCCCGGCCUGCAGGUCAGAGGUCAGAACCAGAAUCGUCAAAUCCUUUUCAAAACUUAGGGUUUGGUGGUGAUGGCAAUUUUCAGUUUUCUUUCGGCAUCGGUGCAUUCCCAUUUGGAAUCUUUGCAUCGACAUUCAACUUUAAUGAUGGCAGGCCAGGGCCUCCGCCCCCCAAUUCCCCGCAGCAAGCAGAAGAGCAGUUUCUCAGCAAAGUUUUUCUGUGGGUGGCCAUCAUAUUCAUUUUCUGGCUGCUGAUAGCGUGA